AUGAAGCAAGUGGUCGUAGCAUCGAAGAACCCAUGCAAGGUAGAAGCAUGCAAGAAGGCGUUUGAGCGUGUUUUCCCAAACGAGACAUUUGAGUUUGUACCGUGCUCUUCAGAUAGUGGUGUUAGUGAUCAGCCAUUUAGUGAAGAAGAAACAAGAAAGGGAUCCAUUAAUCGUGUUAAUGAUGCACUACGGAAGUGGAAGGAAGAUCACGACAAUUUACCUUCCUUUGUUAUUGGAUUGGAAGGAGGAGUAAAAAACGAUGCGAUUCCCCUCAAUGACAAAGACUUUGAGGACAGUUUGAUGUUGUUUGCCUGGAUGGCCAUUUACUGCCCCGAAACCAAUCGUUGGGGAUUUGGAAGAACUGGUUCUUUCUACAUUCCCCGAGAGAUUGUCCGUUUGGUAAAAAGUGGCGUCGAAUUGGGUGUUGCUGAUGAUCGUUACUUUGGAAGAGUAAAUUCGGGCCAGCAUUCCGGUACUGUUGGAAUUCUGACAGACGAGAUAGUGACACGCCGCGAGUAUUAUGAGCAUGCGUUGAUACUUGCGUUGAUUCCUUUCCUUCAUCCGGAAAUGUAUCCAAUUGAUUCUUUUGUUUGUUUAAGAGAACGGAAUUUCCCCAGAAUUUUGCCAUUUCAUUUCCCUAAAAACUAUUAA